AUGGCUGCCAAACCGCUCGUACGGGUCGUCGGUUCCUUAAAUAUCGACAUCGUCACAGUCACGCCGAGCAUUCCCCACUCGGGCCAGACCUUGACGGCUAUCUCUCGUUCUAUCGGCGCUGGGGGCAAAGGCGCUAACCAGGCAGUGGCCUGUGGCCGAGCCGCCUUUAUCAGCAAAACUGAACAGGAUCUGGACGUUGAGAUAAUAGGCGCUGUUGGAGCCGAUGAUCCCCAGUUUCACUCUUUGCUGGAGCCAAUGCUCCGCCAAAGUGGGGUUGGCACCUCUGGCGUAGCCAAGGUGCAUGGUGCUCAAACUGGAACGUCGAUUAUCUUGGUUGAUGAAAGCUCGAACUACAACAACAGCAUCCUUUUCAACCCAGGGGCGAAUUAUGACGGCAUGCGAGAUCUAAACCAAAUAUUGUCGGUCGCUACGGCCACUGCGUGGGCAACGGCCUCAACAAGGCUUCCAGAUGUAGUCGUGAUGCAGGGCGAAAUCCCGCUUGAAACGACCUUGGGCCUGCUUAAGCACUUCAACGAGGAGACGAACAAGACAUGUGUCGUUCUAAAUCCGGCGCCGAUGUUCCCUCAAGGAAUCGCUUCAGAAGCCUUAAUGGGCUUAGCUGUCCUUAUCGUAAAUGAGUCGGAAUGCAUACAGCUAGCGCAAUCGUUGGGCAUUAAUUUCUUGCGGUUCGAGUCGACAAACGAUAAACUGGAAAGACCUCAACUGGAUCAUAUAGCAAAUCAUCUCCAACAAGCCGCUGGCAUCAAAAAUGUCAUUGUCACACUUGGGUCUGACGGAGCUUACUUCGCCGCUCAAUCAGGCCUAAAGAAUCGAGUCCUCUCCGCCAAAGUAGAAAAGGUCGUCGACACCACCGCUGCGGGUGAUACUUUUGCGGGUUUCUUUGCCGCAGCUUUAGCUAGGCAUAUCGGUGCCGGAGGUGUCCUGCAAAACUUUGACCUCCCUUCGGCUGUCAACUUUGCAAAUUUGGCAGCUGCAAAGAGUGUGCAGCAUAGCGGGUCGAUGAAAAGCAUUCCUUUUGGCUAUGACUUGGCAUGA